GGCGAAAGGCUACAGAUGGCAGCGAAUGGAGAGCUAUACUGGUAAAUAUGGACUGUCAGGAAAAGCUGGAGGUGCCCGUCUACACAGAUGUGGACAAGGAGACGUUUUUAAGAGACAUUUAUCCACAGCGCAGACCUGCAGUUCUGAAGCGCGUGCCCAUCGGGCCAUGUGUGCGGACGUGGACGGUGUGUUUUUUGGCAGAAAAAGGGGGAGACCGCGAGGUCAAAGUGCAUGUGUCCCCGGAGCCCAGGAUGGACUUUCUGCACAAGAACUUUGUGUACAGGACACUGCCAUUUGAUGAGUUCAUCAAGAGAGCUGCAGAGGCAAAGCACCCAGAAUUCUUCAUUAGCGAGGAUGAAAGUUAUUAUUUGCGCUCACUUGGAGAAGAUGCCCGCAAGGAGCCUGCUGAUUUAAGGAAGCAGUUUCCUGAGCUGGCGGAGGACUUCCAUGUACCCCAGUUCUUUGAGCCGGAGCAGUUUUUCUCCAGCGUCUUUCGUAUCAGUUCCCCUGGUCUGCAGCUGUGGACACACUACGAUGUAAUGGACAACCUCUUAGCUCAGGUUACAGGAAAAAAGCGUGUUGUUCUCUACAGCCCUGAAGAUGCCCUCCAUCUCUACCUCACAGGGGACAAGUCUGAAGUUUUGGACAUCGACAGUCCAGAUCUGCAGCUUUAUCCAGAGUUUGUGAAGGCUCGUCGCUACGAGUGUUUUCUGGAACCUGGAGACCUGCUCUUUAUUCCAGCUCUUUGGUUUCACAAUACUCUGGCUCUUCAGUUUGGAGUCGGUGUCAAUGUGUUCUGGAGGCAUCUGCCAUCUGAGAGUUACGAUAAGAAAGACCCAUAUGGAAACAAAGACCCAGUAGCAGCCACGCGAGCUCUGCAGUCACUGGAGAGGACUCUAGGCAUCCUAGAUGAACUGCCACCUGAUUAUCGGGAUUUCUAUGCUCGUCGAAUGGUGCUGCGCAUUCAAAGCAGAGCUUAUAUUAGGAAACCUAUAAAUGCAGCACAGGAAAAUUCAGACACAACAUAGUCCUUGUACUACACUGAUGAUAGCGUGUCAUUGUUAAAUUAUAAUAAAUGCUUACUCGCCCACAAUCAUGCCGUCCCAACAUGAAACAUUUGGGAUACUUUACAAGAUUUUAGAAGACAAUUAUUAAUUUACAAAACAUUUAAGGUGGCACAUGGUGACUAACUAACCUGUGACUGUUUCAGUCUUACUGAGGUUAUUGUUAGUGAUGGAACCACCAGUCAUCGUGUUUCAAUUUAAAUACUUCAUUCUACCUCUCAGCAAAAAAAGGAGAAAAGAAAAAUGUUUGUUUUGGAAAACUAUAUAUAGUGCAUGUGAGGAAGUUCUCCUUAUAGCUGGUGUGUGGUUGGGGCACUGGCGUCGUUGUCCUGUGGUUGCCAUCGCACCAUCCAAGUGGAUGCUGCACACUGGUGGUGGUGUGGAGACCCUCAUCCUGUAUGUGAAGCGCUUUGGGUGUAUAGCCAUAAACAACAAAUACGCUAUAUAAAUAAACAUUACUUACUUACUUAUUGGUACAAAUUCUAACCUUAAGAAAUGUAUUCUUUUAAAAUUGCUCCAAUAAACUGGUUGUUCACUCAUGACACUGCCAGUAAAAUAAAAUGCAUUGAUCCCGUCAA